AUGGAGCCGCCAGAAAAGGCGGCUGCAGUGCAGCAGCAGCAGCAGCAGCAGCCUGAAGCUUCCCCUGCUGCUGCAGCAGCAGCUGCCGCUGCUGCUGCAGCACCUGCUGGGGCCCCCGAGGUCCCUGCCGGCCUCCAGUGCCGCAAAAGACAGCGCGAGUCGCAGCAAACUCCUUUCCCCCCGGAGCUGCCGAGCAGCGCGCCCGUGCAGCAGCGGACCCCUGGCGAUUCCCCCGCUGCUGCUGCUGUUGCUGCUGCUGCUGCUGCUGCUGCUGCUGCAGGGCGCGGGGACCUGCUGCUGCAGGCAGCUGCGCUGCCGCUGCAGAAUCCAGAAAGCCUCUGGGCGUUAUUUGCGGCGGAAAUGGAAAAGCAGAGAAUUAAAAAUAAAAAUAAUUCCAAUGAGACUUGGCCGCUGCCUGUCAUCGCCCUAAACGGCGUUGCAGCUGCUGCAGCACAGCAGCAGCAGCAGCAGCAGCAGCAGCAGCAAGUGUCUCCACCGCCUCCGCCACAGCAGCAACAGCAGCAAGGACAGCAUUCGCAGCAAAAACAGACUCCGCAGCAGCAGCAGCAGCAGCAGCAGCGGGUGGCGAGCUGUGAGAGCAGCAGCUCUGGCAAGGGCCAGUGGACCACUGGUCACGGGGGCGAAGCUGCUGAGGCGGGGAGAGCAGCAAAAGGCUCCCCAGCCCCUGAGGGGUUACAAUCGGUUUCCGUGCAGCAGCUUCCGCAGCCACCUGCUGCUGCUGCUGCUGCUGCAACAGAAGAAGCUGCAGCAGCAGCAGCAGAUGGCACGGCUUCGCAGAAGGAAAAUCAGCUGGACAGCAGCAGGGCCGCUGGAAGCGCGGAAGACAGCUGUGACUGCAAAAUAAAGGGGGAGCCGCUUCAGCAGCAGCAGCAGCAGCAGCAGCAGCAGCAGCAGCAGUCGCAGCAGCAGGACGCGCUUGGGGCCGUGCGAGUCGGGUGCCGGGUCGAGCGGGAGUCGCAGCGAGGGCCGAGGAGACACAAGACGGACCAAGCAGCAGCAGCAGCAGGAGCAGCAGCAGCAGGAGCAGCAGCAGCAGCAGGGGGAGGGGCGUGUGAGUGGGAGUCUCUGUUUCGACUAGCGCCCGAGGAGCCGGGGAAGGAAGCAGCAGCAGCAGCAGCAGCAGCAGCAGCAGCGCCGCAAGUGGGGGAAGAGCUGCAGCUGCUGAAGAACGUGGUGCUGAUAUGUCUGGCGGACCUGCGGGACUGCUGCAUCCCCGCGGUGUACGUACACCUGGGGACGCAGCAGCAGCAGCGGCGGCGGCUGCAGCAGCACCUGCUGCACGUGCAGCAGCUGCUGCUGCUGCAGCAGCUAAAACCCUACUUGCAUCUUUUUGAAGUUUCUCUUGCUGCUAAUUUGCUGCCGCAUAACUUAAGUGCUGUUUGCCAGCGGCUGCUCUUCAGCGCGCUGGACAUGUUGGCCCGCGCCGGCGAGGCGCUUUACUUUCCCACUUAUUUCGAGGCUUAG